AUGGCAUCUGAGGCGAGGGCCAGGGCAAACGUGCCCCGCAGAGUAGGAAAGCAAACCACGAGUGACAUGGACUCCUAUCAUCGUUACGUAGCAGAAUCAACUACGCUGCCGCCACCGCAAGGGGACAUUAUCGCCCGGCCGUAUACCAGUCACUCCCGUUCCUUUAGCACGCCGCGUCCUUCAAUAUUAGCGCUGUCCUCGUCAAGUAGCAACAGCGAUGUGGAACCACCGAGAGCGCUGCCGGUGCCCGAAAUCACCAUUAGCAGCCCAGGAAAACCGCCGAGGGCCAGUCCACGAUACUCGUUAACGCCUCGUCAGGCAACGUUCCCUCCAACAAAUUCUCAGAGACUAGCGGUGCCCGGGGUGAGACCGCCGCCGCCCGCGCAACAGAUACCACCGGCCCAAAGAAUACAGAGAGUACAACCACGACCGCUAGCGCCGACACCGCCAACGACGGCCGAUUCCGAUGAUCUGCGAAAACAAGAUGGGUUAGUCGACGUCGCUCUUCCAUAUCGGCCGUUUUAUCUCCAGAGAAGGGUUCUCAGCUCCUUUGCGGUCCUCUUCGCCGGAUUAAUAGUCACCGUAGAAGCCGUGUUGGACCUGUCGAAUAAAAGAGGAGGGCUUGGUUCGCCAGACCAUGGAUUUAGAUAUCUGUGGCAGUACGGAUCGGCCUUCAUCUUCACCUGCAUCGCCGCACUCUGGGCGAGGCCCGAACACCAAGCAAAAGCUAGCGCGCCGUGGCUCCGGAUGGCAAAGGGGCCUGCGAGUGUAGACCGGACCUUGAUGCUCGAUUACGUCUUCAUGUUUGAGCCGUGGACCAUUGCGAAAGCGACCAAGAACCGGGACUGGCUUGUUGCGGCAACGGCGUCUGUCGGCUUGACGCUCAAGAUCAUGAUUGUUAUUGCGGUAGCCCUCGUCAGCCCGACUUUUCAGAUUGUGACUGCUCGGGGUGUGAGCUUGAACCUGCACAACACGUUUGUGAACGAUCCCACCGGGCUACAAAAUGCCGGCGCCUUGCCCUUCUUCACUAUGACUGCCUUGCAGACGAAAGGCCUCAAUUUUCCAGAUGGCACGUCGAAAGAGUUUGCCUUUCAGUCCUUUUCUGCGGACCUGCCCGCGACUGCGGAGCUGAGUACCAAUGUCGAUGGCUUCGAAUCCGAAAUCGAGUGCGAGCCGGCACAGUUUACCCUCACCGGGGUUCAGUUCAUCCAAGCUUCGGAUGUUCAGCUCAACGCCACCGUCUCGACGCCUAAUUGCUCGUUGAGGCAGACCAUUCCCAAUAUGGCGCUGGUUGGCUUCACGCUUCCCACCUUCUUCAUGGCUUUCCAGGCUGGGAUGUGCGGGAACUCACCAUUUCCCAACGACGGAAGGGUCGUCGUGAUGACAGGAGCCAUUCAGAUUAAUGAGUCGAGCGUUCCGACGGGGAGCGACGUCUUCAAUGUGCCCAUCUCAGGCGCUGUAUCGAGGUCUGCAGCUCUCAUCUGUCGUCCGUCGUACGUCCUCACAAGGGUCCAAGUCACCAAGAACAACACGCAGCUCAUCAAGAUUGAACGCAAUCGGUCGGCAGCCAACAAGACUCUCGACAAGGUCCACCCGUGGGAUGUUGUGCAAGGGCACUUCAACUCCUAUCCCACUGACUCGCAGAUCCUCGCCGCGAUACCGAACAUCAACAGUCGAUACCCCGGCGUUGCCAUUGUCGCUUCCGACGCCGUCAUGAACUCGGCUGUCGCUAUGCAGAUCAAGGACAAUGGUGUGCCUCCGAUUGAGACGUUCUUGAAGACGGAUAAUCUCACGAAGAUCUCAACGGCAUACUGGAAGCAGUACACGGCUCUGGUAGCGCGCAGUUCAAUGAUGGGGGAGACGCAAGAGAAAUCCACCGGCACGGCCGUCAUCAUUGGCGAACGGCUCAACGUCCGCCAGAUACCGGCGCAUCUCCUGUCUGGACUUUUGGGCUUCGUCCUCGUGCUCGUACUCGUGGCGGUCGCCCUCGCGCCGGCUAAGGGCUUCCUGCCGCGCGACCCGAAUACAAUUAUCAACAUGGCCACUCUACUCGCACACAGCCGCCAGCUUCUUCAGUGUCUGCGCGGCACGGGUGCUGCCGACACGUCGACAGUGCGAGAGAAGCUGCUCGGCACGAACUACUACACCGGCGUCGAGCCUUACGAAAAGGCCGAAAAGGCUGCGAGGGGCUACUUCAAAAUCUUUGGCGGCGCUCCGCCCCCGCAGAACCAGCCGCCCAAGUUUGUGCGAAAUGCAGAUUGGAGGCACCCGCUGCCGCUGCACCCCUGGGCGAGGCUUGCCGCCGUGGUGACCAUGAUUGGCAUGAUUGUUGCACUCGAGGUCAUCCUUCGCUUUUCGAAUUCACAUGCCGGUAUCGCGACGACCAAGGCCAAUACCGACCGGCACUUUCUAUGGACGACCGGGACAGGGGUAAUUUUUGGUCUUGUGGUGCUCUAUCUUGCGGCAGCGGACUGCGCGACACGAUGUCUGGCGCCGUACGCGAAGCUCAAAGAAGGGGGCUCCUUUGAGACGACGGUUGACCUUGAUUUCAUGGACAAGUCGAAGCAUCGAAUCCUGUACGAUGCCGUCAAGACGCGCAACAUUGCGGUUGCAUUCACCACCACCGCGCUACUCGUCGCCUCGCUCCUGGCGACCUUUUCAGGCGCCUUGUAUAGCACCACACCGAUCCCAUCUACGCGGCCAGUCACCCUUCAGACCCUUGACAGCUUCGUCAACGCUUCCUCCCCUUGUCCGACCUGCACUACCGACACCCUCCUGGCCUCUUUGAUUCUCGACGCGAACUUGACAUUCCCAUCAUUCACGUUUGAGGACCUGAACUUCAACAGCCUACAGCUGUCGCAGCCUCUCGACAUGAAGGACGGCGCAGGCACGAUUAUAGCCAACGUCCCCGCCCUUCGCUCGCGGCUCGACUGCAGACUCUACCCGCAAUCCGAGAUCAACACAAACUUCACCAUCCCCGACAUACCGAAUCAGUUCUCGCAGGACAUGAAGGUAAACAUCGCCGGCGAGCCGUGCCUCGACCCGUCGAUCCGGUCCAACGCUGUCUUACCGCCAGGCAUCUCUCCCUCCUCCGUCUUUGGCGUCGCCACCCCGCGGUCCGCAGCUUCGUCGCAGUGCUCCGACUUUACUUACGUCUGGGGCCAGAUCUCGGACACUACCCCUAUGCAGGUGGGCUACAUCUCGGCCAUGGGUUGCAACGAGACGCUGGAGACCGUCACAGCCAAGAUCCGCCUCACGGGCGCCUCGCUGCACGUGGAUACGACUUACCCCCCCGCCGUCCUGGAAAACACCGCCAAGCCGAUCAAGCUAAGGCUUCUCCCCUUGCAGUACGGACUCCUGGCCAACCUCACCACGGGAAACCAGCUCGACCCUUUCUUCAGCUCUCUCGUCACGUCCCGGUUCGCGGUCCCCGCCGGCAACCUGGGCGACCCGGGCCUUGGCAAGAGCGGCCUCGUGGCAGACGCCAUCGUCCGGCAGCACGGCAUCCUACGCGCGCAGAACCUCAACGUCAACUCCCGCCGUAGCCUCCCGGACGUGACGUCGCAGCAGAUCAUCCCGGCCAUGCUCGAGUCUACGUCCGUCACCUCACUGCGACGCCUCGUGCAGGAUAAUGCGUCCACGCGCAUCAUCCAGUCCGUGCUCAGUCUGCUCGUCGCGCUGACGCUCGUGGCGUGGCUCCUGACCCCCGGGACAGAUACGAUACUGCCGCGGAACCCGUGUAGCAUUGCCUCCGUGGCGGCGCUGCUAGCUGAUGGGAAUAUGUUUGGGUUCUUGGGCCGCGGGGCGGAGUGGCAGGGGACGGAGGAGAUGAAGCGGAGCUUUUUGGACGGGAGCCAUUCGAUGGGGUUCAAGAUUGGGUGUGAGCGCGUGAGGAAGCGGAGGGGCGCGGAGGAUGUGAACGGAGUGAGGGCGGAGGAGGAUAUGGCGUACGGCAUCAACGUCAAGCGCGGGGGUGGGUGGGGAGGUGGCGAGGACGUCGGGCUUGGAAUAUUGGCGAGGGUGAAUCGGGCGCAGAGGGGGUUUGUUAGGGGGUGGGGGAAGAUGUGA